UCGCGAAGCGCGGCAAACGCACGCGCGAGAUACGCUGCGCUAGCGCAUUUACGCGGGUAAAUACAGUGUUUACGUGAUAUCUUUUUUCGUUUUUACGAAUCAAGGAUUUCACCAGUUUGGUAAAUUGAAUGAGAAUUGUUAUUGAUUACUAUGGAGCUUUGGACGCUAAUUUUAUGCGUUAUACCAACAAUAGUAACACCGAUUACAAUAUCGCCGAAUGGAAAUAGUCCAGAAAUCAAAAUGAUAGGUGGAAUGAUGGUUGACGUACAAAAGGGGUUCUCCCCAAUGGUUCCAAAAACAGUUGAACCAACUAAAACAACAAUUGGAAAGCGAAAACUGAGUACCAACUCUACAAAACUUUCCAUAAAUGAAAGGUACAGACGAUUAAUCCCAUACAUGACGUUUUAUUAUGCAAACGAUUUAGUAACGCCGACUACCGAAGGACACGCGAAGAAUGUGGAAGUUGAAAAAGCAGAGAUCAUAGAAGCAAAAACUAUAGAACACCGUCAACCUAAAAAAAUUGUAUACUCUUCAAAUCGAAAUAUUCCACUAUACCAAGGAAAUAGAUUAACGCAAUAUAACAUUGCCUCUGCGAAUCCAACGAAAUUAUUAUACAAAGAAAUUCCUGUAUACCAGAAUCCACCAAAAAAUACACAAAAUUACAAUCCUCUUCUAUCAGAGCAUAGACUUGUAACGGCCAAUGAAAACUUUGAAUUCGAUAGAUUCCCACAAAAACAAAUUGUUAAAUCGCCAAGUGCUCCAUUUUCUCUUCCUACAAGAAGACCUUAUACAAGUUCUUUUAACAAUAAUGACGAUUCAGGAAAUAUUCGUUACUAUUACACAGAAAAAGAACAUACUCCAAAAUAUAAGCUGGUACCGUAUGAGCAAACACCACCCGUAAAAGUACAUCCUCACAAUGAACAACAUGUUUACACACCACCCAAGUCUCCUACUCCAGUUCCAGUGAUGUUGCCCAAGGAACAAGUUUACAUAAAGCCAAGGCCAGUUCGGCCGCAGUACUUUUACGACGUUCAACAAUCUACAGCUCCAAGAAAGCAGCCCUCGAUUGUUUCAGAGAGCUAUUAUGAAAGACGGCCACCUCAAGCGCCGGUCGCGCAGCCUAUCAUUGAGAGUGGGUUUAAACCUAUCGUGAGCCACGUGAUAACAACCGAAGUACCUGUAUACACAUCAAGUUUGCCAGAAGAAUCGAUUCGCCACUUCGAAUCCGAGAAACAACAAACAGUGCAAGUUGUUGAGGCGCCGCCAGCCGUUCCUGAUGUUUCAGACUACAAACAAAAUUAUUAUCAAUACGUUGUUGACCAACCUACUUAUAAGCCCCAAGAACACGUACCACCAAAUACGGUAACUCUCAGUGAUCUUCUGAAUUCUCUACAAUUGAACAAAUCUAUUCCCAAGCCCAUUACAAAAGAAAACGUGGGAGCCUCAAUAAGAACACUGAUCCAGGUAUUGAAUGCCUUGAGAGCAGCUGCACCCCAGGAAGACUUCGACGAUAUAGUCCAAAGUACGCCUAAACCAUUCAUACCGCCAAACAAAGUCUUGGAACUAACAAAACCCAUAGUAGACGUUACACCAGCGCCUGUCGUCAAUGAUGACGCAGAUUUUCAUGAGGAAUCCUACCUCGCUCCAGUAAAUCCACCAUCUCAACACAUUGACGAGUUCUCGUCAACUGGCAGCACCAGCCAAAGGUUUCCCCUGCGCGUAGAGUCCGACGACGAGGGUGGCACUCCUGGUAGACCCGGCGUGGACUACCCAAUCCUCACCACCAUCCCUCAAACAGCCUUCGACUGUAAGACUCAGAGGUAUAAGGGCUUCUUCGCUGAUCCGGAGACACGGUGCCAGGUAUGGCACUACUGCGACUUGAACGGCGGCCAAGCGUCGUUCCUGUGUCCCAACGGGACGAUCUUCUCUCAAGCAGCGCUGACGUGCGACUGGUGGUUCAACGUGCGAUGCGCGUCCACGACGCAGCUGUACGUGCUCAAUGAGAGCCUCUACAAGUACAUACUGCCGCACUCGCCUAAGUUCCCUGAGGACUAUAGCGGCCCUUUGGUGGAUAAAUACCUGACAUUGAAGUUCAAAGAGAUGGAGGAGCAGUUCAGAAAGAACAAAAACAAGCAGAGCGCCUCUGACAAAAUGGACUCCGGCGAAGAAAGUUCUUCUGAAGACUCCAGCGAGGCUGAAACUGAGAGCAGCAGUGAGGCAGCAGUAGACGUGGCGAAGACGGUUGCAGUUAGUGAGGCCAGCGUUAUCGUACAGUCACCGGGAGCCAGUGGCAAUGUAGAGAGACUACAAGAUUGAUUGCUUUUACAAAACGUGACGUCACAAUCGUGGACCUCUGUAAUGCGAAUUCUGUAUUUUCUGUUUCUGUCUGUGGAUUUCAGUGUGUGAGAGAUAAUCUUUGCACGCACAAUGGUUAAGUGCGGAAAAGCCCAGCUAAAUUAUUUUCCUCUAUCGUUGGUCAUUUUUAAUACAGCGCCAUCUAGUCCACAAAUUAAGCAAAACUUGUACUAUGGAUAUCCCAAGCAAACAUAGUUGUACGGUCAACAGCACGUCAACGUAAACACUGUGGUAUCUUACGUAGUUGCGAUACGGGCGACUUUGCAACGAAAAUGUAUGGCUUGAUGUGCUGUCGACUGUACAUAACUUCAAUAUCAUAGAAAUGUAAAGUAAUAAUAUAAUAUGCGAAGAUUUCACAGCUUCUGGCGAUGGCGAAGUGGCAAAGUUCUCAACCACUGCUAAAUCAGCUGAUAGAUUCGAAAAUACGGAUAUCGUCUUACGGAAACGUCCUUAACCUUAACUCAAGUUUUACCCAGUAUACUGUGAUAGCUGCCUCAGACAGCGGUGCGUUUGCGUUACACCUAACGUAUGGAGAGUGAUUCCGCAAGAUACCUUUAGAGCGUGAAGGUCGAAUUAAAAUAUUUAGCCAUUUUAAUUUCGCAUGUAGUGACGUAUGGCUGAUUUUAAAUAAGGAAUUAAACUUGCCAUAUUUUGCCAUGUUUAAUUCGGUUUAGUGUAUGUAGGUUAUGAGUGGUUUCUUAAAAUAGAACAGGAUGCGUAUUUUAGAAACUCUCCGAUUUCUAAUUCGGAUUUGAACUCAUUCGUAUACGAAUUAGAAUUCUAACGGUUUAAAAAUACACCUACAGUCUAAAUUAAUUUAUAUUAGAUUAAUUUAUGAUGAUACGUGAUAUUAUUUGUGCAAUGUGUAAAUAGUGUGUCUUCUUUUGUUUCUGCCAUUAGAUCUUCAAUGUUUUAAUUAUAAUGAUAGGAAAGUGCAAUAAAUUAUUCCAUAUAA